AUGGUACAGAAAAGGGAGGUGCGACUGGGCAGAAACGGCGUGGAUGAAAUCAUGCGACACCCUUUCUUCAAGAACGACCAGUGGACCUUUGACACCAUCAGGGACACGGUGGCUCCUGUAGUCCCAGAGCUGAGCAGUGACAUAGACACCAGUAAUUUUGACGAGAUUGAAGAUGACAAAGGCGAUGUAGAAUCAUUCCCCACACCGAAGGCCUUUGUCGGGAACCAGUUGCCAUUCGUCGGCUUCACGUACUUCAAAGAGGAUCAGUUACUAACCGCUUCCAACAACAUCUCGGUGGCUCAUGAUAAUUCGAAAGGAGAGUCAGCAGCACUGCAGAAGAAACUGGUCCUCAUGGAGAAGCAGCUGAACAAUGAGAAGCAGGCCAAAGUGGAUCUGGAUCACAAACACAGAGCUGUCACAAGCCGUCUAGACAAAAUUGCCAAAGAACUUGAAGAAGAGGUGAGCAGCCGGAAGAAUCUAGAGUCCACUCUGAGGCAGCUGGAGAGAGAGAAAGCUCUGCUGCAGCACAAGAGCCUGGAGAGCAAUCGCAAGGCAGAGGGCGAGGCCGACAGGAAGCGCUGCCUGGAGAACGAAGUGAAUGGCCUUAGAGACCAUCUGGAUGACAUGAAGAGGAGGAACCAGAACUCCCACAUUUCCAAUGAGAACAACAUCCACCUGCAGAAACAGCUGGAUGAAGCCAACACGUUGUUAAGGGCAGAGUCGGAGGCGGCAGCCAGGCUCCGGAAGACGCAGGCGGACAGCAGCAAGCAGCUGCAGCAGCUGGAGGCCAACGUGCGUGAGCUGCAGGACAAGAGCUGCAUGCUGGAGCGCAGCAAGCUGAGCCUGGAGAAGGAGUGCAUCAGCCUGCAGGCGGCGCUGGAGACAGAGAGGAGGGAGCACUGCCAGGGCUCAGAGACCAUCAGCGACCUCAUGGCAAGAGAGUGCACUUUACCCAGUGAAGAAACCAGUGUUAACCAACACACUAUUCAUGUGGUGGAAAAAUAUGGUCUUGGAACCAGACUGCAGAGGCAGAGGUCCGGAGCCCCCAUCUCAGGCCUGUCCGGCCUUACCCUUAAAGAGGGUGAAGACCAGAAGGAGAUCACCAUUGAACCUGCACAGGCUCUGGAUGAAGUGGAGCCCCUGCCUGAGGACUGUUAUACCAGACCCAUCAGCCUACCAGAGGUGACCACACUGCGCCAGCGUCUCCUGCAGCCGGACUUCCAGCCUGCCGGGGCGUCUCAGCUGCACCCCCGACACAAGCACCUGCUGAUGAAGCGCUCACUGCGCUGCAGGAAAUGUGAGCACAACUUGAGCAAGCCAGAGUUUAAUCCUACUUCAAUCAAGUUCAAAAUCCAGCUGGUGGCUGUGAGCUACAUCCCUGAAGUGAGAAUUAUGUCCAUUCCAAACCUCCGGACCAUGAAGGAGAGCCAAGUGCUGCUAACCUUGACCAACCCUGUGGAGAACAUCACACACGUCACUCUGUCUGCUUGUGAGGACGAGGAUCCUGAUGAUAUCAACAGCACUGCUAAGGUUAUGGUACCCAGCAAAGAACUGGUGUUGGCGGGGAAGGAUGCUGCCGCUGAAUACGAUGAGCUGGCUGAACCUCAGGACUUCCAGGACGACCCAGAUGUCGUUGCCUUCAGGAAAUCCAACAAGAUUGGUUUCUUCAUCAAAGUGAUCCCCCAGAAAGAGGAGGAUGGGGACGUCACCGUUUCAUUUAAGAUUCGACACGACUUCCGCAACCUUGCGGCCCCCGUCAAGCCGAGCGAAGAGGGGCCCGAGACCCCCGCAGAGGCAAUUUGGCUGACACACCACGUGGAGCUGAGCCUGGGACCGCUCGCUCUCUGAACACAAAUAAUUCUAUCACACAGUGCUAGUGUUGGGUUCUUUGAACUACUUUCUGUAAACUGUGGGAUGCGUUUAGUUUUUAAAUGAAUUCUGAUUCUGCUUAUUGUCAUUUAAGAGUGAUUUGUGAUCUGUUUGGCAUACAGUGGGCGUUAGCUCAAGGUGCGUCAGCAAAAACAUUGUGAUACAUUUAGUCAUUGUGCGAUAGCUGAGUUUAUAAAACUACAUGAAACCAUGACUGAUAAUUGCUUAAGAUUUAACUUGAUUUGCUUAAGAUUUAACUUUAUCUGAUUUGCUGAUAUCUUGUUGGUUUUUGUUUCAAAAAAGCAAAUGAUAUGUUUUUUUACAACCUGAUUGUCCUCAGCUUAAACAAUAUCAUUUCAUUAAAUAGCCCCUUUCAGUAAUCUACAAGAUGCACAACCUAAUACAUAGUUAAAAUAAAAAAUGUGUUGUAUACAUACAAUAUUUUCUUAAAUUGGAAAGCAGCUAUGUAUGCUUUGUCUUAUUCAAUGUAAAUGCUCUGGAUUUCUUUCUUUAGUGGUAUGGUUGAGCUUUUUAAUGUAUGUGGGAAACAGCAGUUUGCACAAAGAGGAGUGAUUGGUUCUACAUUAUUAUUAUUAUUAUUAUUAUUAUUAUAACACCAUAGAGAUUACAGAAACAGAAAUUGGGUGAUGAGCAGAAUCAGAAAUCCUAACUGAGAACAAUCUGAACAUUUCCCGCCUGAGCAGCAAUCUCUUCUGCGCUUUCAGCUUAUGUAUCCUCAUCAACAUCCCUUUACGCAGACUGUAAUAUCGUAAUAACUCGCAUGCUUCAACUCUAGUGAAUAUCGCACAUGUAAAACAAUAUCAUCACAGUUACUUUUUUCUCAUUUGAAAGGUUUUUUUUUUUAAGGUGAUACCUGCUCAUACAGUAACCCCCACUGGCACUUUGGAGAGGAUGAAGCUCUGUAAAUGACAUGAAAAGCAAAGUGUUUAUUAUUUAAAUGUACUCAGACACUAUCUUUUUUUUUCUGAUUAAAAAUAAAUGUAUCCUUCUGGUUUGUAGAAGUAUAAGUAAACAAGCUGCUUCCAUAUUUGGUCUCCAGUGUGUUAGUAGAACAGAGCCUUACAACACAGUUAACCUUCUGUACCGGCUAAUAAAAUAAUGUGAUACUGUAA